AACCCCGGGCCGUCGGGUCACUUUGCCGGGAGUGUUGGACCACGUGUCUCUUGCCGGCGUGCGUGUUCCUCCAAUGCUCGAUUCAUUACUUUUCAUUCCUAAACGAGUCGGGGCAGCAGGGAGUGUAGGACCAAGAUGGCGGCGCGGUGGGGAGCAGGCGAGGAUACUUUAACUGCGUGCAAUAUGGAAUUUUUCGCAAUGGAUACACUAGACGAGACUGAUGGGCUAACUUCUGCAGAAACUCUGGAGGCCCUUCAAAACUGCUUAGACCCCUCUAUUCUUUCUAUAUUUGAGGACACGCCAACAAUAGAGACUAGAGGUCUAGAUGAGGAGAGCGAAGCUACGCUUCUGACUGCCCUGACGGAGAUCCUUGACAAUGUGGAUGAUGAGAACUUGUCCCCAUUUGACACACUACCUGACUCCGACCUGCUGUCAGGUCAGAGGGGCAGGGAACACUCUCCGCUCAGGAGAUUGCUGUGUCUGUCCCGUUCCCCUCCAGAGAAGGACACACUAUGCGGCACAAGAGCCAUAUCAACUGGAAAGAGCCUCCCCAGGAUACUGGCAGACUCUCUCCAGAGAAGUGAUGGGGAGGAAGAGGAAGAUGGCUUCCUCACUCUGAGCCCAGCGAGUCGAGGGUCAUCUCCUGACGGUGACCAGCUACACUGGGAAGGUCUGGCCCUCCCGCUUCCUGUCACCUUUGAGCAGGAGAUUGAAGAUGGUAUUUCAGUUAGCCUGGUGGACCUAGUCAGGCAUAUGCACCCGUACUGUAUGUCCAUUUGUAUGGAAGAUGACGAGGGGGAACAGAUGUUGCCCGAAGGUGGAAUCUUACUUGAAGUUGUGGACCAGGGGGAAAAUGGAGAACCCAUCCUGGCCAUCCCAGAUAUAGAUCUUCCGGUCUCUCUUCCACUUAAAGAGCAGUCAUCAGAAAAUAGGCAGAAUGUUUCAGAUGAAGCAGAAGAAGUGGCCUCUGACAGCUCAGAGCAUAUCGUUGUUGACGAUGAAGAUGAAACUCCAGUGACAGUUGCAGCCAUUUUGUCACCAAACCUUUGUUCAGAUUUGAAAGAUAACAUGAUCAUUAAGAAACAAAAGGAAGAGAUAAAAGGGAGACGGCCCUCCCGAAGAAAAAAGAAAUGCAAGGAACAGCACCAACCCAAACCUGUGGAGGAAAGGGUCCUUAGGAGUGGCACCGUAAGAAAAACGGCAAAGGAAUCUCCCAAAAAGCCUGAAAAACGGCCAGUCAAAGAAGAAAACAAACGCAAAGUUCCAAAGCUUCGAAUUGUCUCAAUUCCAGCUUCUUCCUCUGUAAAACCUAAGAAACGAAAUUCAUGCCAAAUUGAAACAAAAAUCACAACUACAACACUAUUGCCUAAAAGGAAUGUACAAGUUGCCACAUCGGUGUCAACCAGGAAGGAAAUAGUGCCGUUAAAUACUAGACCUGAGAAGAGUCGGUCUAGCUGUUUACCCACAGGAGUGUUCUCCCAACGACCUGAUGAAAGGCCUAAAGCGCCUUCCCCGGUCACUGAGAAGCUGGAAGACUCAUCAGCAGCUCCCUCUGCUAUCCGGCCCCCUCUGUCUUCAGAAAGCCCUGCAGCUGCUUCAAGUCCGGCAGAACCACAUCUGACACCACCUGUUGGGGAGGCCCUCCCUCCUGUGGCCCCUGCAGUCUCGGAGCCAAAGCCCAAAUCGCUCAGUCUAGCAGAGUACCGGCAGCUCCGACAGCAGAAAAGACCACCCCCGGUGGAAAAACAAGAAAACAGCACCAAGUGGCCCAGCCUCCCAGAGCUUCCCAAUGAGCUUCCCCCUCUUCCCUGCUUGCCUGACCCCAGCCCCAAGGAUCAUCGACGCCCCAACCCCCAGGCAGAAGUGGAGGAGGAGGUCAGACCUGCCUGGCAGCCGAGGGGACCGUGUGCACCACCCACCCCUGAGGCGCUGUUGGUGCCACCGGCCUACAUGGCUGCCUCAUCCACCAGGGUUACUCCUGUCUGUAAACCACAGCAAAAACCUGAACCUUCAAAAACCUCUGUAUCCCUAAAACCCCUGACUUCUGCCUUUAAUUCAGUGAAGAAUGUACCCUCACAUCAACACACCACUGCUCAACCUGUAGUAUCUUGUGUGCCUCAAAUCUCUGGGUCUCCAGCUUCUUUAAAAGUUGCUACUGAGUUAGUGUCGACAGCAAAUUGGAAAUGCUCUCCAGCACCUUCAGGAGGAAAGAGUGGAGUCGAUAAAAGGCCCCAAUCUCAAUCAGCAUCUCUUAAGUCUGGAGAGCUGAUUAAGAUCUGUCUUAAAACCACUACAGAGGCGAUCAAAUCCAACACUUCUACUGUGUCUGUUGUGCCCAGUGCGCCCCAGAAGACUAUUGUUUUUCAGAAGGUGCCUGAGGUUACUGCUCCUGUGAUAUUUAGUAAUCCCAUCACACUUGAGAGCAAGUCCUCCAAACCUACAGCCAAUGGUACCCAGCUCUGUUGGAAACUGGUUACCCAUCCCUCAGUUUCCCAGAAUCUAAAAGUCAAACCUGUUGUACUUGAAACUAAAGACAAACCCACUCCAGCAGUGAAACCCCAAAAAGCAAAGAGCCCCACACAGGAGCUGAUCGAGGCCUUUACCACUGAGAUAGGUAUUGAAGCUGCUGAUCUGACCAGUUUGCUGGAGCAGUUUGAGCAAACUCAAGCCAAAGAGGAGAAAUGUGUGCUGGAGGUCUCUGGUAGAGCAGCAGCUGUAGGAAACUCGAGUGUUGAGUUGGCUCCAGAGAAAACAGUCGUGCAGCGUGUUAGAGCUAUUGACCUCUCAAGUACUGCAGCUUUGACUCCCCCAGCUACUCCUCCCCACCAGAUGUGGAAACCCCUGGCCCCUGUGGCCCUGCUGGCUAAGAGCAAGGCUGCUGAUGCCUCAAAGUCAAGCUCCUCCAAGGUUAUCCAGAUAGAAGCCCGGCCUUUGCCCUCAGUCAGGUCCCGCAGCAAACCUACUCCUGCUGCUGCCACUGUAGCCCCCGAGCUAGCAUGCAUGGACCACGACUAUUGCCUCCCCAACAAAGACACUUCCACUGGAGAGCCAGGCAAACGUUGGAAUGUCAAACAACCGUCUUUUAUCACUAUUAAACCCAUUGGGCAACCCACUAGAACCACUACACAAACACCCCCAGCUGCCCCGGCAUCGUCUGCUCAGUCGGCCAUAAAGUCUGUGGUUACAACCAAAACACAGGAGUUUCCUAUGACAGAACCCCUCAAUCACAGGACUGAUGAGAUGGAGAGAAGCUCUGUCCUCGAGACUCCUGAUGCUUCGCCUGCUCAGCAGGACACUGCUGUCUCUGUUAAAGAAGGAAGCCCCAGGAGAUGGAGGUCCUAUCGGCGACAUGCUGCUUCUCGCACACCCAGUCCCAGAUCUAGUCCCAAAGAGAGUACCAGAGGCCGGUCUAGAAAAAGAUGCCAUCGCUCUCCCAGCCCUAUGUCCAGCAGUUCAGAGUCGGACUCCGAUUCCUCUACAUCUCGGUCUAGAUCCCACUCACCAUCUAAGAAAAGGUAUCGUCUCCGUCACUCUGAAAGCAGUUCCAGUGCCUCAUCCCGGUCCUCCUCUAGGUCCUCCCUCUCUGUGUCCCGCUCCCCUCUCAGGAGGAGAAGGUACUCGUAUUCCUCCUCUCGUUCUGGCUCUUGGAGUUGCUCCAGGUCGCGGUCUCGAUCUCCUCAUAGACGAGCACAGUGGAGUAGAAGCAGAAGAUUGCACAGCAAUGGUCCUAGUGCAAAGACAAAUGUGGAGGAGGUGAAGAGACUCAAGGAGAAAGCCAUUGAGGAGCGCCGGGUUGUUUACAUUGGUCGAAUUCGGUUGACAAUGACCCAAAAAGAACUUAAAGACCGCUUCUCUUUAUUUGGCGAGAUUGAAGAAUGCACCCUGCACUUUAGAGACCAUGGGGACAACUAUGGGUUUGUGACUUAUUACGACACCAAGAAUGCUUUCAUGGCCAUUGAGAAUGGAAGCAAGCUGCGCAAGCCUGAUGAGCUGCCUUUUGAUCUCUGUUUUGGUGGAAGGAGACAGUUCUGCAAAACCAACUAUGCUGAUCUGGAUUCGAGUAGAGAGUACGAACCAUUGCCUGUGAAAGGCAAGUUUCAUGCACUAGACUUCGACACUUUAUUGAAGCAGGCCAAGCAGAAUCAGAAGAGGUAACAGGAGGCCUGCAGCAGGAAGCAGCUGACACUUACCUCAGAGCCAGUGGUUGGCUUCUCACCUGCAACACUGUCUUUACAUUUUAGUUGUUGCAUUAGUUUUUAUUUUGUUUGUUUUUAUUUUGUUUGUGCAAGCUAACACCUUCUAUUGAAGUGAAGAUUUGUAAUGAAAUUAGUAAAAGAAAAAAAAUGGGAAAAGUGAAAUUAUUAUUUUUUUUUAAAGUUUAUUUUAAUGUAUAAUCAAAUUUCAUUUGUAUGGAGAGAAUCAUUUUUAAAAGGGGUAAGUGGGAUGGAGUUCCCUAAUUACUGGGAGGUUGUGAUGCAUUGAAUGUACUACAAACCUAAAUAAAACAAGAACAUGA